GGUGGGUGGGGUGACGCCCCUCAACGGAAGGGCCGUAGCUAAUCGCUCUGGCUUUGCUCGUGGGUGCUCGUCAUCCCGUAGUGGUCUUUUUUCUCUGCCGCAGGCUCUGUUGUGCUGUGAUCUACACGGGUCGUGGGAGUUGUAGGAAGGAUUCAGGGAGACCCCGGAAACCUAGAAAUGGACUCGGUAGCCUUUGAAGAUGUGGCUGUGAAUUUCACCCUGGAGGAGUGGGCUUUACUGAAUACUUCACAGAAGAAACUCUACAGAGAUGUGAUGCGGGAAACCUUCAGAAACCUGGCCUCAGUAGGGAAAAAAUGGGAGGAUCAUGACAUUGAAGAUCAGUACAAAAACCAGGGGAGAAAACUAAGAAGUCAUGUUGUAGAGAGACUCUGUGAAAAUAAAGAGGGUAGUCAAUGUGCAGGAAACUUCAGCCUUAUUCCAAAACUCAGUCUGAACAAGAAAACUACUAGAGUGAAACUACAUGAAUGCAGUGCAUGUGGAAAAGUCUUUAUGCAUCAUUCAUCCCUUAAUAGGCAUAUCAACCAUCAUAGUGGACACAAACUGUAUGAGUAUCAGAAAUAUGAAGAGAAGCCAUAUAAAUGUAAGGAAUGUGGUAAAGCCUUCAGUUAUCUUCAGUGUUUUGAAAAACAUGAAAGAAAACACAGUGGACAGGAGAACUAUAAAUGUAAGGAAUGUGGGAAAGCUUUUCGUUUUCGCACAUCCUUUCAAACACAUAAAAGGAUUCAUACAGGAGAAAAGCCCUAUGAAUGUAAAGAAUGUGGGAAAUCCUUUAUGUGGCUCACAACCUUUCAAAGACACAUGAUAACGCACACUGGAGAUACUCCUUAUAAAUGUAAGGAAUGUGGGAAACCCUUUAAGUGGCUCACAACCUUUCGGAGACACAUGAUAACACACACCGGAGAUGCUCCUUAUAAAUGUAAGGAAUGUGGGAAAGUCUUUAUUUUUUUAAGUGCACUACAAAUACAUGAAAAAACCCACAUGGGAGAGAAACCCUAUCAAUGUAAACAAUGUGGAAAAACCUUUAGAUAUAGUCGAACUUUUCAAACACAUGAAAGGACUCACACAGGAGAGAAACCCUAUGAAUGUAAGCAAUGUGGUAAAGCUUUUAUUUCCCAUAUAGGAAUACAAAACCAUGAAAGAAAUCACGAUGGAAAGAAAUUCUAUGAAUGUAAAAAAUGUAGUAAAGCAUUCAGUUAUUCCAGUUCUCUUCGAAAACAUGAAAGAACUCAUACUGGAGAGAAACCCUAUGAAUGUAAGGAAUGUGGAAAAGGUUUUAUUUUUCUCUCAAGCCUUCGAGCACACAUGAUAAGUCACUCUGGAGAUGGACCUUAUAAAUGUAAGGAAUGUGAGAAAGCAUUCAUUACUCCCAGUUCAUUUCAAAUACAUGUAAGGACUCACACAGGAGAGAAGCCUUAUAAAUGUAAACAAUGUGGGAAAACUUUCAGUUGGCCCACUUCCAUUCGCAGACAUGAAAAAAGUCACAGUGGAGAGAAACCCUAUGAGUGUAGGCAAUGUGGUAAAACCUUCAGUUGUCCCAGAUCCUUUCAAAGCCAUGAAAGGAGACACAGUGGAGAAAAGCCCUAUGAAUGUAAAAAAUGUGGUAAAGCCUUCAGUUGUCCAAAUUCCUGUCGAAAACAUGAAAGAAGUCAUGGUGGAGAGAAACCUUAUGAAUGUAAAGAAUGUGGGAAAACCUUCAGUUCUCUCACCAAAUUUCAAAGACACGUGAUGAAGCACACUGGAGAUGGACCUUAUAAAUGUAAGGAGUGUGGGAAAGUCUUUGAUUGUCCCAAUUCCUUUCGAAGUCAUGAAAGGAUUCACAGUGUAGAAAAACCCUAUGAAUGUAAGGAAUGUUGUAAAGCCUUCAGUACUCCUAGGUCCCUUCGAAGACAUGAAAGAACUCAUACUGGAGAGAAACCUCAUGCAUGUAAGGAAUGUGGUAAAGCCUUCAGUUAUCCCAGUUUCCUUCAAAAACAUGAAAGAAGUCAUACUGGGGAGAAACCCUACCAAUGUAAACAAUGUGGUAAAGCCGUCAGUUAUCUCAGUUCCCUUCGAAGUCAUGAAAGAACUCAUAGUGGAGAGAAACCCUAUGAAUGUAAGGAAUGUGGGAAAGCAUUCAUUUUUCUCUCAAAAUUUCGUUUACACAUGAUAAAGCACACUGGAGUUGGACCUUAUACAUGUAAGAAAUGUGGGAAAGCCUUCGAUUGUCCCAGUUCAUUACGAAACCAUGAAAGAACUCACACUGGAGAGAAACAGUAUGAAUGUAAGAAUUGUAGCAAAGCCUUCAGUCAUCUCCGUUCUUUACGAAACCAUGAAAGAACUCAUGUUGGAGAGUAGUGCUACGAAUGUAAGAAAGUGGGAAAGCCUUCAGUUCUAUCACUAAAUUUUCAAGACGUGGUGAAGCACACUGGAGAUGGACCUAAUAAUGUAAGGAAUGUGGGAAGGCCUUCGAUUUCUUCAGUUCAUUAUGAAAUCAUGAAAGAACUCACACUGGAGAGAAACCACACGAAUGUGAAAAUUAUAGGUAAGCCUUUGAUUGUCCCAGUUCUGUUCAAAACCAUGAAAACACUCAUAAUGGAAAGUAGGCCUAUGAAUGUCAGGAAUGUAGGAGAACCUUCAAUUUUCCCAGUUCAUUCUGAAUACAAAAAAUAGAAUUCACACUGGAGAGAAACCCUGUGAAUGCAAACUAUAUGGUAAAGCCCUCAGCAAUUCCUAUUAUGUUCAAAUACAUGAAAGAACUCUUACCAGAAACUGAACAUAAGGAAUAUUGGAAAGCCUUUAUCACACAACAUUUUAAGGACACAAGACGGUGCACACCAUGUAAGUGUGAGGAAUUGGGGAAGUCUUCAGUCCCGUUUUCUUGGGAAAGAACUCACUCUAGAGAGAAUUCUGUUAAAUGUAAACAAUAUAUGAAAACCUUCAUUUGCCCUACAUCCUUACAAAACCAUGUGAGAAUGUACACUGGAUAGAUACCAUGUAACUGAAAAGUAAAACAAACUAUUCAGUUGAAACAAAUAUUUUUGUAGUCAUGUGAAAACUGCACUGGAAAAAAUUCAUGUUAAUAUAAGUAAUAUGGGUAAGCCUGGUACAAAUUAGUUCAUGUAGAAUACUCAAGGUUACAAUAUGGAAGAAGUGUUAUAAACUUUAAACAUAUAUUGUCCUUAUCAGUGGCACAUUCUUAAAGUUAUUUUCUGUUGUAUGGAGUAGUACUUACUUUUGCAAGUAAAUAUUGAGGUAAGAUAAUUCUGUAGGUACCCUUUAGGCAGUCAUUCCUAAGUUUAAUAGGUAAUUUUAUCCUUUACUCAGUAAAAUUUUUGUUUUUAUUUUGAAGACUCUUUGAUCCAUGGGUGAAUUGAAGUAUAUUUCUAAUAUGUAAGUGGGUUUAAUUUUUAUAUAAUACUUUUCUGCAAAUAAGGGAACACUGAAAAAUGACACUUUGGUACUUGUUUGUUUAUUGUACUGGCCUCCUGCGGCAAGUACUCAACAUCCCUUAUACAUUAUGUACAUAUUCCACCUUUAUUUCUUAAGAGAAAACUAACUUUUCAUUGGCCUGAAGAGCUUUAUUCCAUUUCUUUGCUAACAAUGAGUUGGCAUAUAUUUGUAAGUAUGCAAAGUUCAUCAUAUACUCUCAUGUGAAUUAUUGUUUUCAUCUUUUGUCAUUUGUUAUUUGCCAUUCCUUCUGGCUGGGAUUUGGGCUAUGGAAUUUGCAUUAAGAGAGACCUGUGAGAGGACAAUAAAAUUUAGAGUUGGUGAUGACCCUUUUUGACUCUGUUUUCUCAAUGUGAGUAAUGUUGUGAACUACAUUUUCUAGACUCUGUUGCUUUUA